UGAAGCGUUUUUUCCUCACUUGGCAGAGGGACACACCGGCAAGUCGAGUGAACGGAAGUGCUGCGGCUCUCUGGACCACGCCUACACGACGACGUCAACGACGCGGUAUGUCUAUGUGUGGACUUCCGGUCAUGGCGCCUCCCUCCGAUCAAGUUCUCCCCACCGAGUUGUGGUCGCCUUCGGUCACUCUUUGUGGACUUUUACGAGGACCCAAUCGUGGCAUUUUCUUGAACCCUCACCUUUUGGGAGACGAUGUAUAUUUUGGAAAGAGGCAUGGAGUGUCUGCCCCAAGUCUUUUCCUGCUUCGACGACGACGACUUCUACCAAAGUAUGAUGGACUUUCAUUCGCCGCCCCUCAAGGGGGAGCUCUCAAAGGGCGACCAGCUCAGCUUCGUGUCCGACAUCCUCCUGGAGGACCACGACAUGCAGCUCAACUGGAACUGCGCCUUCCUCCACUCGGACGACGACGGCGGAGGCGGGGACGGCGGGGGCGGGCGCCGCCGCCGGCCCUCGGAGGAGGAGAGCGGCGAGGAGGGCCUGUGGCGCCGCCUGACGUCGGAAAAGACCCCCGAGGAGAAGCCGGCGUCGUCGGUGCUGGGCUCCAGCCCGCUGCUGUCGGACAUGGACACCGGCAUCUUCGAGGGGCUCGCCGGCUCCACGCUGGACUGCCACGACCUGAUGGAGAGCCGGGAGAGCGCGGAGGCCACUUCCGACUACUGCUCCACCGGAGGAGAGAUGUCCACGUACUCGUCCAGCGACUCCGAUGAGGAGAUCGACGUGGUGACGGUGGGGCGCUGCCCCUCCAGACAUGAGGAGGUGGAGCGUCUUGCUCUCCAGCGCCGCCUCCGCUUAGACAUCCAACUUCAGCACAACUACGCCGCGCCUCCUCCGGCCUCCCCGCCGCCUUCCUCGUCCAAGAAGCAAACCCGCCGGCAUUACCGGCAGCACAGCCGCCCCUCGCGGAAUUCGGCAGAAACGGAGGACGAGCAGGAGCGGCGUUGGACUCACAACGUGAUGGAACGGCAACGGCGCAACGAGAUGAAGAACUACUUUGCGCGCCUCCGCGACAGCGUGCCCGAGUUGUCCCGCAACAACAAGGCCUCCAAGGCCGUCAUCCUGAAGACGGCCAGCGACUGCAUUCGCGGCUUGGAGGAGGACGCCUACCGGCUGCAGAGCGAGCGCGAAAGACUGCGAGCCAAGCAGGACGAGCUCAAAAUGCGGCUUCAGCGGCUUCGGACCUCAGGACGCUGGUGAAACUUGAAGGAGAGACGUUUGUACAAACAGAGUUUGGCGUUCGCCAAUGACGACGGACGUUGGGUUUGGGUUGGGCUGACAAGUGGCGUCGACGUUCUUGUCAUUCAGGACUUGACUGAAAACACAGACGCUACCCAACCUAGCACGAUUCAAACAUACCAAGUGAUUGCUGCGUUAGUUCAUUUUUGUUGGCAAUACUUCCCCAAGUCUGAAUAUUGUAAGUUUCUCCUUCCAGAGAGAGAAGUUUCUCAUUCCCCAGAGAGAAGCGUGCUAGUCCAGACGGAAGGUUCCCUUUGCGUUAAAAAUAUUCCUUUAGUCUUCAGUGACAGGGUUCCUCUUCCCUAGGGAGGCGGGUACUCGUCCCGAAGAGAGCAGGGUACAACUCCAGUGAGAAGGUUCUUACCGUGAGGCUUCAAUUUCUGAGAGAGAGACCAUUUCUCAUCUUAUGAGAGAGAGGUUUCUCGCAUAAAAGAGAGAAGGCUUCCUCCUCCUGAGAGAGGGGGGGGGUACUAGUUGAGAGGAAAACGUCUCUGUGGGAAUUUCUCAGUUUGAGAGGGGAUUCUCAUCCCUGAAUAGGGUAGAUAACGGAAAGACUUCCUUGAGCGGAAAGACAGAAGGGUUUUCUGUCCCGGGAGAGGUUGGUACUCGAGCAGAGGGAUGGUUUUUGUGGGCUCAUAAGUCCUGCGAAAGAAUGUUUCUAGUCCCUGGAGACAGAACAGCUUCUCGUCCCGAGAAAGGUGGGUAGUAAUCCAGAGGGCAGACUUUCAUUGUGAGGUUUCUGGUCUCUGGAGACAGAACGGUUUCUCAUCACGAGAAAGGUGAGUCAUAAUCCAGAGGGCAGGUUUUCAUUGUGAGGUUUCUUGUCUCCGGAGACAGAACAGUUUCUCAUGCCGAGAAAGGUGGGUAGUAAUCCAGAGGGCAGGUUUUCAUUGUGAGGUUUCUGGUCUCUGGAGACACAAUGGUUCCUUGUCUUGGGAGGGGUUGGUGCUUGACCAGAGGGAUGGUUUUUGUGGGCUCUCUAGUUCCAAGAAAGAAUGUUUCUAGUCCCUGGAGACAGAACAGUUCCUCAUCCUGAGAGAGGUGGGUAGUAAUCCAGAGGGUAGGUUUUUAUUGUGAGAUUUCUGGUCUCUGGUUCCUUGUCUUACCAGUCACAAACCGCAAAGAACUCAAAGGUUGUGAUUUCCCUCGCUGCUGGGAUUUUUUUGUUAUUGCGGGUAGCUCGGCUGAAAUGUUGGAGUCGAGGCGGUAGCAGUAUCUUACCAACGGACAUCAAUGCCAUUUUUCCUUUAGCUUUAAUUUUGAAGUUGGCCAUGGAGGGUGGUGCCCCCUGGUGGCUGGCUGACCAAGUUGCGGCCACUGCUACAAAAAAAACACUUUUCAC